AUGUCGGGCGGCAGCCCCCAGGCGCUGCUGCUGCUGCUGCUGGACGCGGCGGGGCCGGGGGUCGGUCCCGCGGGGCGGCGGGCCGCCCUGCGCCUCCUCAGCGGGCUGGGCUGCCGGCUGGGCCCCGCCCGGCUCCGCUGGGCCUUCAAGCUGUUCGACUCCCGGGGGUCCCGGGGCCGCCCGCCCCGCCGCGCGCCCGACUUCCGGGAGCUGGGCCCGCGCGCCUGGGCCGCGCUGGACGACGAGCUGUCCGGGGAGCGGGCCGGGGAGAGGGGCCCGCCCGGCCGCCCGGCCCCCGGGGCCGCCGCCGCCGCCGCCGCCGCCGCCGCCGUCACCCGCCGAGCCCUCACCGAGGCCCUGCUGGACUACCACUGGGACCGGCCCGACCUCGCGUCCCCCGCUAAGCCGGGCCCCGGGCCCGCCUCCCCGCCGCGGCCCGGACCCCGGGCCUUCGCCAACGCCCUCUUCCUCUUCGCCCCCUGUCCCCGCUCCCAGGCGGAGCUGCUCCGCUUCGUGGCGGGCGGCGACGGCCCGGCCGGGCCCGGCCUGCCCACCCCGCGGCAGGUGAUGGACAGCCUCCUGCCCGCCAGCGUCCGGGACCUCAUGGCCGCGCGGACCGUCACCCUCUAUUGGGUCGACACCGCCCGGGGGGACCAGGUUUGGGAAUCACCAGAUCACCUAGGGUACUGGAUGCUGUAUGAGCUUCUUCGUCUUGUAGGAGGCACCAUCGUGCCCUCGGAACUUGUGAGUCAAUUUUGGAGUCACGAUGGAGGAAAACCGCGGGAUUUUGGAAAGGAGAGUACAGCCGAGCCUCAGUUCUCUCCGUGGACGUCAAUCUUGCCAUUCGAAUCCACUCUGAACUGCUUGCUGAACAGUGCAUCUGAGUAUCAGGCAUCUUUUCCUCAUCUCGAAGGAACCUUAUUCCUUCCUCAGGAAGGUCCACCAGGGGUGACUCUCCAGGGACCAUGGGCAGUCACCCUGGAGCCUCUGACCAUGCACCAGAGCCCCUUUCCGGGUCCCGUUUCCAUCUUCCUGAAAGGCACUGUGACCCACUGGACUUGGCCAGUGGGCAGCGGCUUUGGCACCGAGAGUUGGGUGUUGAGGAGUUCCGAGGGCGACAGUUCGUCAGAGCAAGGGAUUUUAUUUCAGCAUCUUGUUAGAAGGCUAACUGCUGAAGAAGUGCAACUGGUUGCCGACGUUUGUCCAGGUGAAGGCUGGCCUCCAAGCACUGGGCUCAUCUCCCCUCUGUCCCCCAGUGCUGCCAUUCUCACCGUGCUGGGCCCUGAGGAGGCUGCAGAGCUCCCGAGAAACCUCCUGCAGGGGGCUGUGGCUGAGAACUCCCCGGAUCCAUCCCUCCUCCGGGAUGUUGUGAGCAGAGCCCUGAGUCAGGUUCAAAAUUUCCUCGAAGAAGAGCCUGCCCCUUCUGCUGCUGCUCUGGUCCCAGAAUGGGCUCAGCAAGAACACAGCCACACCAGUCCCUGGAGCCCUGCAGUAGUGGAGAGCUGGUUCCCUUUCUCUAAUCUCAGCGGUGCAAAUUCAAAUUUGAUGGAGUCAUUUUGUUUACUGCAGGCCAUCUCAGAAGAGACCUCCAAGCCCGAAACAGAGCUAACUGACCGUCUCUCCGAGUUCUACCAGAAGACAGCCCGGGAUGAGUCUGCCACAGCUGGGCAGGAGGACCACAGAAAAAAACGUGGAGUCCCCCGCACUCCUGUCAGGCAAAAGAUGAAGACCAUGAGCCGCUCCCUGAAGAUGUUGAAUGUUGCAAGACUGAACGUGAAAGCUCAGAAGUCUCAGCCAGACGGGACCUCGGCCACUGUCGUCCGGGGGAAAGGGACUCACAAGGCCUCUCUCAGAAGAAAAGGGGAGAAACUGGAAGACGAAGGGAGAAUUCUGAGGAGUUCUAUAUCUAAAGAUUUUAAAAGCAAAGAAGAACUUCUGUCCCACUUGAAUGAAAGCUACCAGAAAGCUGUGGCCACCGGAGAUGGUUUGAUAAGCGAGUGGGCGCAGAACAUGGUCUCAGCCGUGAGAAUGUUCCUGAAAUCUAGAGGCAUCCAAGAAUUGGAGGUGGCCUGUGUAGAUCACGUGACAAGUCAUCUUCUGAAGACCAGCAAAGGUCUUCGACUGCAUCUGGGGGAAAAUCUGGACAAGGAAGCCAAAGUCAGAGAGUGCCAGCUCCAGGUGUUUCUGCGCCUGGAGAUGUGUCUGCAGUGCCCCUCGUUACAGAAGAGUGCCGAUGAGAUGGAGCAACUGGUGGAGGAGGUGACCAACCUGCUGCGUAUCAUCUGCCUGACCGAGGAUCCUUCGUACCUGGCCCGGUUCCUGGAAGACAUUUUAGCAUUGUAUAUCAAUUCUAUUCCGAAGACCCUCGGGGACUUAUACCACAGUUUUGGGUUUGCGCUGCCCCAGAAGCUGGCUGCCGUCCUGCCUGUGGACUUUUUCAGCGACGACUCCGUGAGCCAAGAGGGCAGAUUGCCCCCUCUGUCUGUGCCUCUGCUGUCCCGGGCUGCCAGCGCCACGCCUCUUACCACGGAAGCUGACCAGCUGGAGGAGCUGCGGACCCGAUCAGCCAAGAAAAGAAGGAAAAAUCUAUUAACAAGACACAGAAGUGUAACAGAAGCUUCUCAGGGCCUGCGGCAAAUAGAAAUUCCCAAAGUGUCCAAGAGGACAACCAGAAAUGAAAAUUGCCACCCUGGUCUACAGCAGCAGCUACCCCUCGCUCAGAAGGAAGGGGUGCAAGAAGUGACCAACGUGCGAAGAAAUCUCUUUAACCAGGACAUGCUUUCUCCCUCGAAGAGAUCCUUGAAGAAGCUACCUCGAAGCCAAUCGGUGUCUGCUGUAGAAGGCCUGAAAACUAAGCACCCCAGCUCCAAGGAGGCCAGAGAGCGUCACAAGUUGCUGACGAAACGAGUGGCAGAGACGCCACUGCACAAGCAAAUCUCUAAAAGGCUGCUUCACCGACAGAUUAAGGGCAGGUCCUCCGAUCCUGGCCCUGAGGUUGACGUUGUGGAAGAGUCUCCAGAGAAAGUGGACAGUGGAGCGGGUCUGAGACGAAGCCCCCGCAUCAAGCAGCUGGCCCCAUCUGGCGGGACCCACUUGGGCUCCUUCUACUCCGUCUCCCAGCCCCAGUCACGUCACCUGUCAAGGGUGCACCCGGCCCAGCAGGAGCCCACAAGUACCGGGCUGGGACCCCAAGAAAGACCACUUGACAGCAGAGGCUCUCUGGACCCCCAGGUCAUCCAGUCUCCAAAGAGGCUGUUCUUUGGGGCCGUCUUUGAGCUGGGCAACCCCAGACUGCAGGAUUCAUCGCAGGCGAAAAGGUUGCUAAGAAACUCCUUGGGUUCUGAGAACCCCACUGCCCAGCAGACACCUAGGAAAAAAUGCUGGAAAUCCCCAAGUCCUGCUAACAGAAUGCCAAGGAGGUCACCUCGCACGCCGAGGAGGUCGCCCCGCAUGCUGAGGAGGUCGCCCCGCACGCCGAGGAGGUCUCCCCGCACGCCGAGGAGGUCUCCCCGCACGCCGAGGAGGUCUCCCCGCACGCCGAGGAGGUCGCCCCGCUCGCCGAGGAGGUCGCCCCACACACCGAGGACGUCACCCAGCUCUCUGAGGAGGUCACCCCGCACGCAGAAGAGAUUGCCCCGCACGCUGAGGCGGUCUCCACCCCCCUCCCAGGCCCCACCCCAAACUCCAGGGAAGCUGGGGCAAACCCCUGCAAAAGAUACACCUGCCAAGCAGAAAGCAGCUAAGAGGUGCAGGAGAGGAUCCUCACCACCUACCUGGGAUGCUUUGCCCUCCAAGCCAGAGGUCACUCCUCAGAAAGACAGCUUGCCAGCGGAAGAUCUUCCCUUCCCCCCGGGGGAGUUGGAGUCAAGAACUCCAGGAAAGCAAGGAGGUCAGGCUCUUAAGCUCCUGGAGAAUUCCAGUCGAGACACAGCUUUGACCCCGGGAGUCCCGGCAUCUAGUGGUCAGGAAAGAACCACCUCUCUGAGGCAGGCGCCUUCCCGGCACUUCCAACGCUCCUGGCAAACCAUCCAGGAAGCAGCGGCAGCCUCUGUGGCUCUUGGGGCAGAGAGCCCCCGGGAAGGCCCGGAAGCAACUCAGAUGCAGAAAAGCCUUGUGGAGGCAGUGCCUCAACCCCUGGAAGCAACUCCCCAGAAAUCUCAGGAGACAAUUCCACAGACACCCAGGGGAGCAGGGAAUGGGCCUCCUGCCUCCACCCCACCGACUUUUUCCUGGAAGCCGUCUCCCUUCAGCUCCUUGCCCCACGAGGCUUCCUUGCAGGCUUCAGUUGGAGCAUCUUCUGUGGACUCUUCCCCUCUGGUUGGGACAGGUGAGCGGGGUGUGAGGGGGCCCCAGAAAUCACCAGAGGCGGCAGUGGCCACUCCUCUCACCAUCUGGUCCCUGAUCACUACUCCUAGGAAGGGGCCAGCUGCCACCAACCCUAGUGGCAGUCCUCCUCCGCCUCCUUCCAAAGCCAGGAAACCCGAGCAGGGGGCAACACCCUGCCCACCCCCUGAGAGAAGCAUUCAGCGGUGCCCUCCCCAGCCCUCUGCCGACCUCCCCUCAGGGGACCUGACUGAAAAGGAGGACCUUGCUCUCCCAGAGUCAUCCUUGAAGCAGCAGCAGGAGAAAACAACUCCGUCCUUGCCAGGUUCCCUCACAGAUGCUGGGUCUCCAUUGACUGAUGUGGGGCCAGAAUGUCUCUUCAUCAUCCACCCUCCCCCAGGGCCCCAGGGCAGCGAGAGCUCAGAAGCGAGCAUUUUUCCCACAGAACAAAAUGAAGGGUCAAUGACAGUGGCGUCGGCUGGUCCUGAGAGCGCCUCUUCAGCCCCUGAUCAGCCCUCUGAGCCCGCAUCCCCUCCCAAGUCGUCAUACAUCCUGCGCCGGACCGCCGACCGGAGGCAGCGGCAGGCCGCGGCCCGGCUAGGAAAUCCGGAAGCCUUCCCUCCGUUUUCCAGGGGCCCCCUCAAAGUGGCUUCCACCUGCCCCCCGUCCUAUGAAGUUGAGCUGGAGAUGCAAGCUUCUGGCCUCCCUAAGCUUCGCAUUAAAAGGGUCGACUCCAGCCCGCCAGCGGGAGCGGAAAACAACAUGAAGACCAGCAGGCCUUUGGGGGAGCAGAGCUCCUUCCCUGAGCUUCCUGGGCCCUGGUGCAGCAAGCACCCUGGCAAGCUGGAGGCUUCCUACGUGUCCCCCCCCUGCCUCCGCUCAUCCCACAGCACCCCGGGCAAGAGUGGGGGGCAGACCUACAUCUGCCAGAGUUGCACCCCAACUCGCUGCCCCUCCAGCACCACCUCUCCCUCCCAGUCAGACGGUGGGAUUCCCUGGACCCCUUCCCCCAAGCCCAAGGGGAAGACAACCCCUGACACGAUCAAGGACUGGCCCAGGAGAAAGAAGGCUGGAGGCACCCCAGCCAGCGGAAAAAACGAACGUGGGGUGGACCUCCCGGGGAGCGCGGCCGUCCUCGAGGAAGAGGGCGAGGCGCGCGUCUCUGAGCUCUGUGGGGGUGGCGGCAGCAGCCAGGUUCCUUUCCUGGGGGACUUUGAACUGGAAGGGAUAGGGCAGCUCCUAGACCUGUCCCCUCCCAGCGACUGCGAGCCGCAAUCGGAGGGUAGCUUUCCUGGGGCCGGGUUUGGACUGGGCACUGGGAAGCGGCCCCUUGGCCUCGAGUGGGAGCCCGGUCCCCGAGCUAAAAGGACCCGUGGGACCCGGAUGGAAGAGCCUGACCCGGCCCCAGGCCUCGAUGGGGAGCAGAGACGAUCCCCCAACAGGUGUUCCCUCCGAAGCUCGAGGCAGCCGGGCUCCCUGGGCGACGACGAGGUCUUUGUUUCAGGCUCUACACCGCCGAGUUGUCCUGUGAAAAGCUGCCUCUCUGCUAGCGGCCUCCGGGCCCUCACCCAGUCGCCGCUGCUCUACCAAGGACUGACCCCUUCCUCCCGGCGGACUGGUGUCAGAGAUGAGGAAAGUGAGCCACUGCCCAGUUCUGCAGAACUCGAGGAAUCUCCUUUCAGCAGAGUCAUCAGCCGGAGACGCUCCAUCAGCAGAACCUACUCCCGCAAGAGGCUGCUCAGCUAGGCCAGCCUCAGUCCUGUCGUGCUCCCAGCGGGGGAGAAUGGCUCCGCUGCAGCUGGGUAGUUCCCACAGAGGCAAACCUGAGAACUCCCAGCGUGCCGCCCAAAAGACUGAGCCAAAGGACUUUAGCAGGAGAGCAAGAGUGAAGUGCACUUUCCCCUAGGGCCUUGGAAGUUGCAGUUCUGCUGCUCAGAUACCAAGGGCCUCAACCUUUUUAACUGAGGACCAGGCACCUGACCUGGGGCCACUUCUGCUCGGCCCCUGCUGUGGUUCAAACACAGACAAUACCUACACUGGUAGGUUGAUUUUUCUAUGGUUCCUGUGUAAAACAAUAAAGUGACCGUCACUUGA